CGGCGGUGACGGCCUCCCCCUUGAGAAGAUGCCUCUCGCCAAGGAUCUCCUUCACCCCUCUCCGGAGGAGGAGAAGCGGAAGCACAAGAAGAAGCGGCUGGUGCAGAGCCCCAACUCCUACUUCAUGGACGUCAAAUGCCCAGGAUGCUAUAAGAUCACCACCGUCUUCAGCCAUGCACAGACGGUAGUUUUGUGUGUGGGCUGCUCUACUGUCCUCUGCCAGCCUACAGGAGGAAAAGCAAGGCUUACAGAAGGGUGCUCCUUCAGACGGAAGCAGCACUAA